UUGGCACUGACUGCAUAUUUUCCCCUUUAGAGCCGAAAGAACCGCCGUCAUGCUGCGCAAGGCCAUCCAACGCACGUUCUCGACCGCGACGGAAGCCACGAUUGAUGGGUUCGCGUCCAUGCAUGCGCCCAAGCUCCAGCUCUUUGGCCUCCAUGCCAAGUACGCGAACGCGUUGUACUCGGUCGCAUCCAAGGAAAACGCGUUGGAAGCUGUGGAAAAGGAGUUGAAGACGAUCCACGAUGAAAUCGUCGCGAACCAAACGUUUGCCGAGUUUUUGAAGGACCCGACGAUCUCCCGUACGGAAAAGAAGCACGACAUCUCCAAGGUUAUGGACGCCGCUAAGUUCUCCAAGCCCGUGUCGGGUUUGUUCACCGUCCUUGCCGAAAACGGCCGUUUGGGUGAUGCCAAGAACAUCAUCCAAACGUACAACCGCUUGAUGCGUGCUCACCGUGGGGAAGUGCAGGCCAAGAUCACCAGUGCUGACCCGUUGACCAAGGAGCAAUUGGCGCAAGUCCAAACUGCGUUGAAGGCGCGUGUGCAAAAGGGCGAAACGUUGUUGCUUGAAACGGUGGUCGACCCCACGAUCCUCGGUGGCCUCAAGGUCCAAAUUGCCGACCUCUUCAUCGACCUGUCCCUUGCGACCAAGAUUGAAAAGAUCGAAUUGAUGCUCCAGAGCCGCAACUAAGCAGUUUACACAUUGCUGUUGGUUGUACCUUGCUUCUGACGACUUUUUCCCUCUAACAAACAAGCUCUACGUGAGGCUGGUCGUUCCCGCCGUCUAUAUUCUCACUACGGCAGUCCUCCGUGCUACACGUGAUCUACUUUUUGAUUGCCGC